GUUCCGGCCUCGGGCUCUUCGGCCGCCAUCUUGUGUUGGCGGCUGAGGUGAAGGAGGAAGCAGGGUCUUUAAUAACCGCAGCAGCCUGAGGAGGAGAAGGCGGCGGCGAUUCUAGACGGCCCAGACAACGGGAAGAAGGAGGGCGGCGGCUGGGCUUGGUUUCGGCUCCUUGAGGCGUUGGCGGCGGCGCGACCCGGGGAACCGGCAUUGAUGUCCAGCUCGCCGCUGUCCAAGAAACGCCGCGUGUCCGGGCCUGAUCCAAAGCCGGGUUCUAACUGUUCCCCUGCCCACUCUUUGCUUUCCGAAGUACCCUCGGUGCCAACCAACGGAAUGGCAAAGAACGGCAGCGAAACAGACAUAGACGAGGGCCUUUAUUCCCGGCAGCUGUAUGUGCUGGGCCAUGAGGCAAUGAAGCGACUCCAGACAUCCAGUGUACUGGUAUCAGGCCUUCGAGGCCUGGGCGUGGAGAUUGCCAAGAACAUCAUCCUUGGUGGGGUCAAGGCUGUCACUCUACAUGACCAGGGUACUGCCCAGUGGGCUGACCUCUCCUCCCAGUUCUACCUUCGGGAGGAGGACAUCGGUAAAAAUCGGGCUGAGGUAUCACAGCCCCGCCUUGCUGAACUCAACAGCUAUGUGCCUGUCACCGCCUACACUGGGCCCCUCAUUGAGGACUUCCUUAGUGGCUUCCAGGUGGUGGUCCUUACCAACACUCCCUUGGAGGAUCAGUUGCGAGUGGGUGAGUUCUGUCAUAGCCGUGGCAUCAAGCUGGUGGUGGCAGAUACUCGAGGUCUAUUUGGGCAACUCUUCUGUGACUUUGGAGAAGAAAUGAUCCUCACAGAUCCCAAUGGGGAGCAGCCACUCAGUGCUAUGAUAUCUAUGGUCACAAAGGACAGUCCCGGUGUGGUUACCUGCUUGGAUGAGGCUCGGCAUGGGUUUGAGAGUGGCGACUUUGUCUCCUUUUCAGAAGUACAGGGAAUGACCGAACUCAACGGAAAUCAGCCCAUAGAGAUCAAAGUCCUGGGUCCUUACACCUUUAGCAUCUGCGAUACCUCCAACUUCUCCGACUAUAUCCGUGGAGGCAUCGUCAGUCAGGUCAAAGUACCUAAGAAGAUUAGCUUUAAAUCCUUGCUGGCCUCAUUGGCAGAGCCUGACUUUGUAUUAACGGACUUUGCCAAGUAUUCACGUCCUUCCCAGCUGCACAUUGGCUUCCAGGCCCUACACCAAUUCUAUGCUCAGCAUGGCCGACCACCUCGACCCCGAAAUGAGGAGGAUGCUUUAGAACUGGUGGCCCUAGCACAGGCUGUGAAUGCACAAACCCUGCCAGCAGUGCAGCAAGAUAAUCUGGAUGAAGAUCUUAUUCGGAAGUUGUCAUAUGUGGCUGCUGGUGAUCUAGCACCAGUAAAUGCCUUCAUUGGGGGUCUGGCUGCCCAGGAGGUCAUGAAGGCCUGCUCUGGGAAGUUUAUGCCCAUCAUGCAAUGGCUAUACUUUGAUGCUCUUGAGUGUCUUCCUGAGGACAAAGGGGUCCUUACAGAGGACAAGUGCCUCCCGCGUCAGAACCGUUAUGAUGGGCAGGUAGCUGUGUUUGGCUCAGAUAUGCAAGAGAAAUUGGGCAAGCAGAAGUACUUCCUGGUGGGUGCAGGGGCCAUUGGCUGUGAGCUGCUCAAGAACUUUGCCAUGAUGGGACUGGGCUGUGGAGAGGGUGGUGAAAUUGUUGUCACAGACAUGGACACUAUCGAGAAGUCCAAUUUGAACCGGCAGUUUCUGUUCCGGCCCUGGGAUGUCACGAAGUUGAAGUCUGACACAGCUGCUGCAGCUGUACACCAGAUGAAUCCACACAUCCGGGUAACAAGCCACCAAAACCGUGUAGGCCCUGAUACAGAGCGCAUCUAUGAUGAUGACUUCUUCCAAAAUCUGGAUGGUGUGGCCAAUGCCCUGGACAAUGUGGAUGCCCGCAUGUACAUGGAUCGUCGCUGUGUGUACUACCGUAAGCCCCUGCUGGAAUCAGGCACAUUGGGCACCAAAGGCAAUGUGCAGGUGGUGAUCCCAUUCCUUACAGAGUCAUACAGUUCUAGCCAAGACCCACCUGAGAAGUCUAUCCCUAUCUGCACUCUGAAGAAUUUCCCCAAUGCCAUCGAGCAUACUUUGCAGUGGGCUCGGGAUGAGUUUGAAGGCCUCUUUAAGCAGCCAGCAGAAAAUGUUAACCAGUACCUUACAGAUCCCAGGUUUGUGGAGCGGACACUGAGACUUGCAGGUACCCAACCACUGGAGGUACUGGAGGCUGUGCAGCGCAGUCUAGUGCUACAACGACCACAGACCUGGGCUGACUGUGUGACCUGGGCCUGCCACCAUUGGCACACUCAGUAUUCUAACAACAUUCGGCAACUGCUGCACAACUUCCCUCCUGACCAGCUCACAAGCUCUGGUGCCCCAUUCUGGUCUGGGCCCAAGAGAUGUCCACACCCGCUCACCUUUGAUGCCAACAAUCCCCUACAUCUGGACUAUGUGGUGGCUGCUGCCAACCUUUUUGCCCAGACCUAUGGACUGAUGGGCUCUCAGGACCGAACUUCUGUGGCCAUGCUUCUUCAGUCUGUGCAGGUUCCUGAGUUCACUCCCAAGUCUGGCGUCAAGAUCCACGUCUCUGAUCAGGAGCUACAGAGUGCCAAUGCUUCUGUUGAUGACAGCCGUCUAGAGGAGCUAAAGGCCACACUGCCCAGCCCAGACAAACUCCCUGGGUUCAAGAUGUACCCCAUUGACUUUGAGAAGGAUGAUGAUAGCAACUUCCAUAUGGAUUUCAUUGUUGCUGCAUCCAACCUCCGAGCAGAGAAUUAUAACAUUCCUCCUGCAGACCGCCACAAAAGCAAGCUGAUUGCAGGGAAAAUCAUCCCAGCCAUUGCCACAACCACAGCAGCUGUGGUUGGCCUUGUGUGUCUGGAGUUGUACAAGGUGGUGCAGGGCCAUCGACAGCUUGAUUCUUACAAAAAUGGCUUCCUCAACUUGGCCUUGCCUUUCUUUGGUUUCUCUGAGCCACUUGCUGCACCUCGACACCAGUACUAUAACCAAGAGUGGACAUUGUGGGAUCGUUUUGAGGUACAAGGACUACAGCCUAACGGUGAGGAGAUGACUCUCAAACAGUUCCUUGACUAUUUUAAGAGAGAGCACAAACUGGAAAUCACCAUGCUGUCCCAGGGUGUGUCCAUGCUGUAUUCUUUCUUCAUGCCAGCUGCCAAGCUCAAGGAACGGUUGGAUCAGCCGAUGACAGAGAUUGUGAGCCGUGUGUCGAAGCGAAAGCUGGGCCGCCAUGUGCGGGCGCUGGUGCUUGAGCUGUGUUGCAACGACGAGAGCGGCGAGGACGUCGAAGUCCCCUAUGUACGAUACACCAUUCGCUGACACCAUCCACUCCUCUAGACUGCCCCUAGACUACCAUUCUCAGACCCCUCCUAGCCCUGGGCUCCCAUUUGGCCUUUGGCCGUAGCACAGCUAGCCAAGUCUGGUGUUCCUCACCAUCUCCCUCCCUGAACUUUUGCCUGCUGCUUACUACCUUGUUUGGAACACAAACCUAAUAAAGAGUUGUUAAC